UUAAAAAAUUAGAAAAUGUUGAAAGUGCAAAUCAAAGUUGGUUUGAAGAGGCUAAAUCACAUUUAACAAUAAGUAAUAAAUGGCCGAGAGUUAUUCAAUGUUUUGGUUUAACGCAAAAUCCAUCAAAUGGAAAUUAUAUGCUUGUAAUGAAUGAAAUGAGUGUAGAUUUAAGAAAAUAUUUACAACAAAAUCAUAAACAACUUACAUGGAAAGAUAGAAUGAUAAUUAUUAAUGAAAUAAUUUGUGCACUUUAUUUUAUUCAUAAAGAGAAAGCAAUUCAUAGAGAUUUGCAUUCUGGAAAUAUAUUAUAUUCUCAACUUAAUAAUUCCUGGCGUGUCAGUGAUCUUGGAUUUUGUGGACCUGCUGAUAAACCAUCAGAAAGUAUAUAUGGAAAUCUUCCUUACAUAGCACCCGAAGUUAUUGUUGGAAGAGAAUAUACUUUUGCAUCUGAUAUUUAUAGUAUUGCAAUUCUUAUGUGGGAAAUUUCAUCUGGACAACCACCAUUUGUAAAUUAUGAACAUGAAAAUGAUAUUGUAAUGAAUAUUAUUAACGGUAUAAGACCAAAAAUUGUGCCAGGAACUCCAUUAGAAUAUAAAAAUUUAAUGAAAGAAUGUUGGGAUGCUGAUCCAUUAAAAAGACCUGACGCUUAUACACUUUGUAAAAAAAUAGAAAAAAUUAAUUUAUAUUAUCAAAAUAUGUCAGAUGAAUUAUUCAAAUCAGAAAUGGAUAAUUUAGAAAUGAAUAAAGUAGAAGAAAAUUAUACGAGUAGCAGAUUAUUUACAAGUAAAAUUCAUAACUUUGGAAAUCUACAUGAACCAAGAAAUGCUACAGAAGGUACAAGUGUAUAUAUUUUAUUAAUGAAUAUAUUUAUUUUAAAAUACAUUAUUAAUGUUAUUUUUUUUUAUUAUAAUAGAAGAACAAGAAGGUUUCAUAGUAAAUCGUAUGAUUUUAACAUUCCUAACAAUAUUAACGACUUUAAUAAAUCGAAUGAGCAGAAUAGUAGCAAAUCAUCAAAAGUAAUUACUAUUUUUAGAGAUAGUAAUAAAAAAUUAUCUAAAUUAUUUAAAAAGUUGCAAAUAAAGUCUAAUAAUGACAAAAAAGAAAAAACUCAAAAAUAUGUCGAUGAUGAUGACGAUUUAUAUAAUAAUCCAAACCUUCAUUCAAAUGAACAAGAUGAAUUGGAAAUUCCUGAUGUUUUGAAUAAUCAUUUAACAAUGUUUUUUUUAUAUUUUAAAUUGUUAUCAUUUAUUUAUUUAUUUAUUUAUUUAUCAUGGAUUAUUUAAACACUAAGACUAGAGUAGUAAAUGUUUUACAAAAUUCUUAGUUUGUAAUUUAAAUAAUUUUAAUAAAUUUAUUCAAAUUAU